ACGGCGCCGCAGGACGUGACUGUCGCUCUUCUCUGAGGACGACCAGCAGGUGAUUGUUCACCUCCAGAUCUGCACCCGACCGCCUCUGCCUCUAUUCCAGCAGCAGCAUGUCCAAAACCGGGGAAAGGAACCUGUCCACCACAUCUGCUGAGUCAGCAGCUUCCGAAGGAAAUGAGGGCUCGUCCAGCUCGGCUCAGCCUUCUCCCUCUGGCUCUGUGUCAGAAGCACCAAAGAAGUCCAAGAAGAAGUCCAAGAAGACGUCGGACAACCGCACCAAAAUUUACUUGUCAGUCCUGAACAACGUUUUUGGAGCGGAGCGUGAAUUGGCCCAAGCAGAGUUAGACGAAUUGCAGGAGGCAUUUAAAGAGUUUGACUACGACCAGGACGGAUACCUGAACUACAAGGACGUGGCCGAAUGCAUGAGGACCAUGGGCUACAUGCCCACGGAGAUGGAGCUGCUGGAGAUCGUGCAACAGAUCAAGAUGAGAAUGGGUGGGCUGAUGGACUUUGAGGACUUCACCGAACUGAUGGGACCGAGGAUGAUGGGAGAGACGGCCAACAUGUUGGGACUGAAAGAACUGCAGUCUGCAUUUUUACAGUUUGACCUGGAUGGAGACGGGAUGAUCAACCAGGAUGAGAUGAAGGAGGCAGUCAAGUCUCUGCUGGGAGAGAAGCUGAAGAAAGGAGAGCUGGAGGAGAUCCUGAAGGAGCUGGACAUCAACGCUGAUGGGGGCAUCGACUUUGAAGAAUUUGUGAUGAUGCUCUCUAUCCGCUGACGCUCAACUCCACUGCACCACCGUGCCGCUGCAGUCCACUGACUAUUGCCAGGAAGAAAAUGUAAAUGAUACGAGAGCUGCAUGUUGACUUUUCAGUCACUUGAUGGCGUCUGUCUGCGUGUUGACUGUGAAAGAAUGUAUUUUGCUAUUUUAAUAAAGAAACUGUACUAA